AUGCCGCUAGCCACCGGUUCUUGGAAGGGAGGCCUUGAGCGUGAAAAGAAAAAAAACAGAGUGAAGGAAGAGUGGCGGCUGACAGGAAGAUCAGGAGAGAAAGACGCGGCAACGGACAGAGGAGGAAGAACAAGGUCACCACCAGUCCGCGUCCGCUCUGCUGCUGUCUGCCAUCGCCAACACCGCGCACAACCUCCUGGGCUGCUGCCGUUCUCUGUAACACUAGAUGAAGGCUCUCGGAGGAAGUCAGACCUAGUCAUCUUCCAAUUCCAACUCACCGUCUUCAGCUUCGUCAUAAUCGCCGUCGCCACCGCUCAAGUUGAUACUGAACACCUGGAAAAUCAUGAGGCUGCUACCUUUUAUAUCCGUGACAAUGCGUAAGGGAAUAGGAUCCUUCCAUCUUCUUCUUUUUUUACAGUAAAGCAAAGCGUAUACUACAUGGUAAUAGGAACCUGAGCUUAUCCCGUCAUCUUGAUUCUUUUUUUUUCUUUUUUUUUUCCCCG